GUGCGCCAGGUCCCUCUGGUCCAAUCGGCCUGAAGGGUGAAGAAGGUUCACCGGGACCGGUUGGUCCCCCUGGCGCUCAGGGUCCCCAGGGUCCCCGUGGCCUGCCAGGAUUUACCGGCCCGACCGGUCCAGCGGUAAGCAGUUUUCGCAUUUUAUUAUGA